AUGCCUCGAAUUUAUACAUUGUCAGAUAUAAGUGAAGGCAAUAAACUAGGGGGUAUACCAUCUAGUCGAUAUCCACCUAAUCGAAUAGAACUUGAAAACCAGCUUGCUUGUGCAAAUCGAGAUCGAAAAAUUGCUAUAGAGUGUGGCAAUCAACUUUAUCCAACCGAGCCUGUAAUUGUAUAA